CUCGAAGCAACCGAAUGUGAAGUCCUACAGCCACUCUGGGCCGACUAUGGAUCUAUAUCUCGCCUGACCAUAUCUUCAAGAUCAACGCGCUCUACAAACUCGCCUGCACCAAAGACUUUGAUCCUCAAAUCAAUCACGCCACCGCCGGUGAAAGGCUCCUCUCCCUCAGAAAGCCAUCUCAGAAAACUCAUCUCCUACGAAGUAGAGCAGCACUUUUAUACCAAGCUCGUCCCUCUACUUCCAGAAUCUACACCAGUGGCACGCUGUGUGGCUUCCGCGACACCCUUGGAUUCAACCUCGAAGCAAAAUAUCACGACGAUCCUCACCGAUCUCCGCGAAGCAUUCCCCAUUGCCGCCGAGGAGCAACGUUCGGAGCUCAGCACAUCUCAAGUACAUGCAGCAUUGGACUGGCUUGCGAACUUCCACGGAUUCUGGUCGACCCGCAAUGCAGAAUUGAGGUCCAGCCGUCUUCGGCUUCCUCCUUUAGAGGAGCAAGCGGCCGGCACUUUUACGAAAUCACCUGGAGUCUGGCUGAAUGGAGGCUACACCUAUUUCGCGACACGGCAGUCCGAGUACAAGACUCUUCAAGAAGACUCUGACUCGCCUUGGCGAGAAGUCCUCUGCAGUCCACUCCCUGACCCGCUCAGCAAGAAGUCCAUCGCCGAGCUAGUCGCUGCCAUAAUCGCUCCAUCUCGAUUGUCCAGCAUCCCCAAUCCGACGAGCCCAUAUGAGACCCUCCUCCAUGGCGACGUCAAGUCUGCAAACCUCUUUACCACGCCAUCUCCAUCCUCCUCAGCUUCAGCGGCGUUCUUCGAUUUCCAAUAUGUUGGUCUCGGACUGGGAGUCUGCGACUUGGCGAAGUUGUUCACAUGCUCGGUGCCCAUGUCCAUGCUAAUCGGUUCUGGAGAUGGGAGUGCUCCUCGACUGAAGGGCAAACAAUCGAAGCUGGAGAUGAGAGAGGGCGAACGGAGACUGCUGGAGCGGUAUAGACAGACGUAUGAGAAAGUCAGCGGCAAGGCGUACCCAUGGGAGGAACUGGAACGGCAUUGGAAUUGUGCAUUGGUGGAUUGGCUGAGAUUUCAGGCUGGCUGGGGAUUCUGGGGCAACACAUACUGGCUGGAAGCCAGAGUCCGAUUCAUCCUCGCGGACCAAGAGUGGACGAAAUGGAUGCAGAGGACU